CGCGGCCAGAGUCCGGAGCAGCCACCGCCCGAGCGGAGCCGAUCCUCCGAUCCAAACCCAGCCCAGCCCCAGUCCUGCCCGCUGCUCCGAGCCCUAGCCCCAGCCCGGACCCCGGCUACGAGCGCAGCAGCAACUGCCAUGGAGGUGAUCAACCUGGUUGAGCAGCCCAUCAAGGUGACAGAGUGGCAGCAGACAUACACCUACGACUCGGGCAUCCACUCUGGGGCCAACACCUGUGUGCCAUCAGUCAGCGGCAAAGGUGAUCUAGAAUGCCAGAUGACAAUGACGAGGGCCCAGCGGGUGAGGGCAGCCAUGUACCCUGAGACAACCGAGGACCAUUCUCUCCUAUUGACCACCCAGAUUGAAGGACAGGCCACCAAUGUGCAACGAUUAGCCGAGCCCUCGCAGCUGUUAAAAUCAGCCAUCGUCCACCUCAUCAACUACCAGGAUGAUGCUGAGCUGGCCACACGAGCCCUGCCUGAACUCACCAAGCUGCUCAAUGAUGAGGACCCGGUGGUGGUGAGUAAGGCAGCCAUGAUCGUGAAUCAACUAUCAAAGAAGGAGGCGUCCCGGCGGGCGCUGAUGGGCUCACCCCAGCUGGUGGCCGCUGUUGUGCGCACCAUGCAGAACACCAGUGAUCUGGAUACUGCCCGCUGUACCACCAGUAUCCUGCAUAAUCUGUCUCAUCACCGUGAGGGGCUGCUUGCCAUCUUCAAGUCAGGGGGCAUCCCUGCUUUGGUCCGCAUGCUCAGUUCUCCAGUGGAAUCAGUCCUGUUCUAUGCUAUCACAACAUUGCAUAACCUGCUGCUGUAUCAGGAGGGUGCCAAGAUGGCCGUCCGCCUGGCUGAUGGGCUACAGAAAAUGGUGCCCCUCCUCAACAAGAACAACCCCAAAUUCCUGGCCAUUACCACUGACUGCCUGCAGCUACUUGCAUAUGGCAACCAGGAGAGCAAGCUCAUCAUCCUGGCCAAUGGGGGCCCCCAGGCCCUGGUGCAGAUUAUGCGUAAUUAUAGUUACGAGAAGCUGCUCUGGACCACAAGCCGCGUGCUCAAGGUGCUGUCUGUGUGCCCCAGCAACAAGCCUGCCAUCGUGGAGGCUGGUGGUAUGCAGGCCCUCGGAAAACACUUGACAAGCAACAGCCCUCGCCUUGUGCAAAACUGUCUGUGGACCCUGCGCAACCUCUCAGAUGUAGCCACUAAGCAGGAGGGCCUGGAUAGUGUGUUGAAGGUCUUGGUCAGCCAACUGAGUGUGGACGAUGUGAAUGUGCUGACCUGUGCCACGGGCACACUUUCCAACCUGACCUGCAACAACAGCAAGAACAAGACACUAGUGACGCAGAACAGCGGCGUGGAGGCACUGAUCCAUGCCAUCCUGCGUGCAGGCGACAAAGACGACAUCACCGAGCCUGCUAUCUGUGCACUGCGGCAUCUCACCAGCCGCCACCCGGAGGCCGAGAUGGCCCAGAAUUCUGUGCGCCUCAACUAUGGCAUCCCGGCCAUUGUCAAGCUGCUCAACCAGCCCAACCAAUGGCCUCUGGUUAAGGCAACUAUUGGAUUAAUCAGGAACCUGGCCUUGUGUCCUGCCAACCAUGCUCCCCUGCAAGAGGCGGCGGUCAUUCCCCGCCUUGUCCAGUUGCUGGUCAAGGCCCACCAGGAUGCCCAGCGCCACGUGGCUGCAGGCACACAGCAGCCCUACACGGAUGGUGUAAAGAUGGAGGAAAUUGUAGAAGGCUGUACUGGUGCCCUGCACAUCCUUGCCCGGGAUCCCAUGAACCGCAUGGAAAUCUUCCGGCUGAACACCAUCCCUCUGUUUGUACAGCUCCUGUACUCAUCAGUGGAGAACAUUCAGCGGGUGGCAGCUGGAGUACUGUGUGAGCUGGCCCAGGACAAAGAGGCCGCCGACUCCAUCGAUGCCGAGGGGGCCUCAGCCCCGCUCAUGGAGCUCUUGCAUUGCCGCAAUGAGGGCACUGCAACCUAUGCUGCUGCUGUUCUAUUCCGUAUCUCUGAGGACAAGAACCCGGAUUAUCGCAAACGUGUUUCUGUGGAGCUCACCAAUUCACUCUUCAAACAUGACCCGGCUGCCUGGGAGGCUGCCCAGAGCAUGAUCCCCAUUAAUGAACCUUACCAAGAGGACCUGGAUGCCACAUACCGUUCCAUGUACCCGAAUGAUGGACCCCUGGACCCUAUGGAGAUGCACAUGGAUAUGGAUGGGGACUACCCCAUCGACACCUACAGUGAUGGUCUCCGGCCUCCCUACCCUACUGCUGACCAUAUGCUAGCCUAGCCCAGCCCCUCACUCGUGGGUAUCAUUCUUGAUCCCUAAGUGACUAACUCCAGGUGAGGGACUGAGACAGAAAGUGCCUGAGCAGAGGACCAAGCUGGGUGGCUGGGACUUCACUUGCCCACGCCCAUAACAAGUUCUCCUCUUUAGGGUUUUUAUUAAUUUUGAAUUUUCUUUCUUUGUGUGUGUGUGUGUGUGUGUGUGUGUGUGUGUGUGUGUGUGAGUGUGAGUGCUGUGGGGUGUAGGGCCUGACACCCCCUGACCCUCUCCCCUAGCCCUGUGCCACGGGGGCUUUAUCUUCCUCCCCUGGCUCCUGAAGCUUUAAUAUAUAUAUGCCACUUCUCCAUUACUCUGCCUCAAUGACCUACCCCUGGUUCAAUCACUCAGGCACCUUUGCCCCUUUCCAAACUCUCAGUGCAGGUAGUCUGGAGCCUGGGGAAGCUUUGGUUUGUGCUGAUUUCUGAUUUUGCUUUUUCCAGUCCCCUCCUGAUCCCCAGCCCAGAGUUUAGGACUCAAACUUCAGAAACUCAAAGUUUCUCUAUUCCAAAGGACUGAAAAAUAAAGGGACAGACCACAUGAAAUGAGCCCAGAGAGAGAAAGAGAGUCGUCUCACUCUGGGAGACUUUCUGCUUCUCUCUCCAGGAUGCUGAAUUGGCUUUUUAGCUGAUAAGGAGAGCUCAGUGCACAGCCCCUUCUCUCCUCCCACUUCCCUAUGUAACCACUCUGACCCUGGAGAAGCAACUCAUACUCUUGACUGACCCUCUCUGGUGUGUGGUGUCGGUUUCUUCCCUCUUCUUGUUUCAUUCUCCCCCACUGCCUUGCUUGGGAGUGGUAGGGGAAGCUGAGGGGAACAAUAACUGAGAGUUUGAUUAUAAUCUCUGUAAGUUUUUGGUUAUUGGUUGGUUUUUUUGUAUAGACCAAAGCAAAGAAUAAAAAUAAAAAACGCA